UGCAGCAGUAGAGUCUCUCCUGCGGUAUAAACCUUAUUCACGCGCCGAGGUGCCGCCGCACGAGCACCGCACAGCACCGCACGAGGCUGCGGCUUCCCGGCUUCUGUUUUUAUUUCAUUUUAGCACUUUUUUCCAUUUGCUAUCUCUGCAUCGAACUGUCACCUGCAUUAUAUCGUAUGUGCAUUUAAAAGCAGCCGUUUAUUUUCAGUAACAAACACUUGAGCGAUUGCGACUUAAGAUGGUCAGGUGUCAUAUGGCCAAGGAUAAAACAACUGCAGCUUCUGAGGACUGUCUGCACACAGAAAGACAUGUGAAGUGUUAAUGAAUGAAGACAAGACGAAAGAAGAUCUUUACUAUUAGAUGACAAGAGGCAUCUCACCCGAUUCCAAUAUCUUCGAGAGAGGCAGCAAUAGCGGAUGCAGUGGAAAGGAGCGAUGGUGGAGUCAGCGGGAGCUGCAGUGGGUCCACAUUGAGGGAAAACUGGUCUAGCUCAUAGCUGCACAACCAAACCAGCUCUGUGGGCACAAAAUCAAAGCAGGACAGGGAAAGUGAGCUGAGGAGGAAUUCAGGACGAGAACUACAUGUCUGUUCCAUUACACUAACCGCAGUCCCGCAUCUCCUGCAGUGCUUCGACUUGGACUUGCAGGAUGACCGUAGUGGCCGGAGAUAACAUGGAUGAAACAUCGGCUGUCCCGGGGCAUCCUCAGGACACAUAUUCCCCUGACCAUGAUGACCAUGAAUGCUGUGAAAGGGUGGUCAUCAACAUCGCUGGGCUGCGCUUUGAAACCCAACUCAAAACGCUUGCUCAGUUUCCAGAAACGCUGCUUGGGAACCCAAAGAAGAGAAUGCGUUAUUUUGAUCCUUUGAGAAAUGAGUAUUUCUUUGACCGGAACCGUCCUAGUUUUGACGCAAUCCUCUACUACUAUCAGUCUGGGGGGCGGUUGAGGAGGCCAGUAAAUGUCCCAUUGGAUAUGUUCUCGGAAGAAAUUAAGUUCUAUGAACUUGGAGCUGAGGCAAUGGAGAAGUUCCGUGAGGAUGAGGGAUUCAUCCGAGAAGAAGAACGACCCCUGCCCGAACGGGAGUUCCAACGCCAGAUCUGGCUUCUGUUUGAGCACCCUGAGAGCUCAGGGCCAGCCAGAGGAAUUGCCAUAGUGUCUGUUAUGGUCAUUUUAAUUUCCAUUGUCAUUUUCUGUUUGGAAACUUUGCCAGAAUUGAAGGAGGACCCUGCGGGGAGAAUACAGAAAUUAGGGAACACCACCUUUUACUACAAACCAAACAUCCUUAAAGACCCCUUCUUCAUUGUAGAGACCCUCUGCAUAAUCUGGUUCUCAUUUGAACUUAUAGUACGAUUCCUUGCAUGUCCCAGCAAGGCAGCCUUCUUUAAGAACAUGAUGAACACCAUAGAUGUAGUAGCUAUCAUCCCCUACUUCAUUACACUGGGCACAGAGAUGGCAGAAGAACCAGAUGGUAAGGAGGGCAAGGGGGAACAGGCAACAUCACUGGCCAUUCUCAGGGUGAUUCGUCUGGUCAGGGUGUUUAGGAUCUUCAAGCUGUCCAGACAUUCCAAAGGCCUGCAGAUUUUAGGGCAGACCCUAAAAGCUAGUAUGCGGGAGCUUGGAUUGCUUAUCUUCUUCCUCUUCAUUGGUGUCAUCUUGUUUUCGAGUGCCGUGUACUUUGCAGAAGCUGAAGAGGCAGAAUCAUACUUCAACAGUAUCCCUGAUGCGUUCUGGUGGGCUGUUGUAUCAAUGACCACAGUUGGCUAUGGAGACAUGGUUCCUGUCACUAUAGGGGGCAAAAUUGUAGGCUCUCUGUGUGCAAUCGCUGGUGUGCUGACCAUUGCCCUACCAGUGCCUGUCAUUGUAUCCAACUUCAACUACUUCUACCACAGGGAAACUGAGGGUGAGGAGCAAGCCCAACUUCUGAACGUGAGUAACCCCAACAUCGCUUCUGACUCCGAUUCCAGCCGCCGCAGUUCCUCAGUUGUCAGCAAGUCUGAGUACAUGGAGAUCGAUGGAGACAUGAACAACAGCAUGGACAACUUCAGAGAGGCCAACCUUAGAACUGGCAACUGCACAAUAGCUAACCAAAAUUGUGUUAACAAAAGUAAGCUGCUAACUGAUGUUUAGAGUCCAGAUAUGUACUACAGGACUGUCGUGAUUCAGUAGUCGAAUACUUUAUUUAACUCCCUAGUGCACUCCUGCAUUACAACUAUUAUUCUCUGCAGAUGAAAGGAGAAGAGACGAAAACAUACAAUACGCUGUUAGAAUAUGAGAUAAACACCUAUAUGUAUAUAUAUCUAGUUAGUUUAAUGAAUUUAUGACAGGGCAAUGCACAUAGGCUAUGCAUAGGAAAAACAUCCCUCUCUAGAAUGUAUAGGAACACGCAUACUUAACCAAAAGGCUAUGGAGAGGACUCUAGAUCACUGUUCCGAGCUGGCAGUGAAGUGAUGUUGAAACAUUAUGCAUGGAUUACAGAUUACAUAUCAGCAAGUUGCACAGUGCAUCCAAAACAAAAAGCAUAAAAUUACUCAGUUCCACAAGGACAAGCCAAGCCAUCUGCAGUGUUUGGCCUAUAUUUGGUCCUCCCUACAGUUCUCCAGACCUACUGACCAGCAAAGCACCUUAAACGAACAAAACUCAUCUCCUGCUGGGAUGCUGUGAAGGAAAAAGUCAUCACCUCAUGGACAUCCGCAAUGCUGCUAUUCUCCAGCAGAAGCUGUAAUAGAUAUCACCAAGUGAUUUGAUGCCAUGCCCUUUAGAUGCAAGACAGCACAAUGACGGGAAAAAUAGCUUAUUAAUAAGCAUGUUUAGACUAAUCUCAUUUUGAUAUCAGCAUGUGUGAAACGUUACCUCAUUCUAUAUGAUACCUUCUUUUUUUUUUUUUUUUUUAAAUUUCCUAUAGUUCGUUUCCAUGAAAAGUGCACUGGUUUGAUAUGAUUUGAAAUGCUUCUCAUUUAAGCAUAUCAUAAGGACUGAAUGUUUAAACUUAACGGAAACAGGAUCUUGAUGGGAUCAUAGCAUGUUAAAAUAACUUGCAUUAUGGCCUAUUCAAACUAAGGUACUGUGUAUCCUAGUAUAUUUAAUGCAUGAGAGCAGUAUUAUACAGCUUGUUGCUAUUUAGACACUCCUCUGGUGUGUCGUUGUUACUAUCAGGGAAACUAUGGACUUUGAGUCCUGAAAUUUUCUGAAAUGUGACAAAAAAAAAAACAAAAAAAAAAAACAACAUAGGCAAGCCCCAGCACAGGGAUGCAAACUUUCUAAUCUAAAAAAUAGUCAAAGAAGCAGAGAACACAAAACAAAUAAUACUACAAAAUUGCAUAUACUCAUACUAAGUACCUGUUAAAAUCAAUAUAACUUAAAUAAUGCUGUGCAUGGGCCUUUGAUCAAAAGAAAAAAAAACACAGUGAGCAAAAUAUAAUUCAUGCUUCCAUUUUUGCAGUCAAAAUUUUUGAAUGUCAUGGAUUUCAUUUAGUGGGAUGCAACAGAAAGACGGCAGAAUUAUUUUUAUUAGUUGAUAGUGCCUUUUGACCCUCUCAACAACAGGAUAGGUGAAAGUGCCUCGGUCAGACAGAUUUCAUGGAAUUAGGGCAGCCCCCUACCAGAGCACGUGUGUCGAGGAUGAGCACUAGUGUGCAUAUGUGUAGUACAAAAAAAAAAGGGUACAAAAACUAACGACACAUGGUUGUCAGGCACAACUUAACAGUUUCUGUUGUCAUGCACUUAAGGCCCUGACUGCAUAAUUAAAAUUGGGCCACAUUUGAAGGGCAGGGAGGUGCGUGGGAUUUCUUAGAGCUUCAAGUCUGCCUUGCAUUGUAGUUUUCACUUGUGAUGUGCCAUAAUGAGUCUACCUCAGUGUGGUGAUCACUGUGGGUCCUGCCAUUGAGCAAAACUUGGUGUCAAACCUGUACAUGUGGGAAAACUAUGGCCAGUGAUACUCCGCUAAAGGCCAAUGAUACUUCAGUAAACAAAUUUUGGAGUUCCCCAACAAAUAGCCUUUAGAGAAGCACUUAAAACAAAUGCAACAAUGCAACCACUCCCUGACCUUCCUAGCUACGCACAAUCAAGACUCAAUCAUUCUUGUUUUACAACUUCAUUCAGUUUUUAUCCUUAUAGCUAUAAUUGUAGGAAACAUCUGAAGCCUGACCUGCAAAGCAUAACGUACAGAGCAGUGUCUUACACUACAGGGUUAAAAUUAGAAUCAGGUUACAUCCUUUUAAACUGGGAUUUAGAUCUAAUAUAUGUCUUCCAUGUGCUAUUAAUAAAAUCAAAUGAUCCCAGAUUGUCCAUCACUGGUGUAGGUUAUUUCUUCCUAAACGGGAAGGUUACUGUAUGUAGAAAAGGAUAACUCUAAGUUGGGAUGCACCCAUGUUAAUUCAAACAAUAUUAUAAAUAAAUAAUAAACAAUAACAUAAAAUAUGGAUAGCAAUGUAAUUAGAUUCAAACUUAUUUGAAACAUUGAGGCUUCUCAGUGCCCCUCUGUAUCUUAUAUAGCCGUUGACAAUAAGACAAAAAAAGUUUUAGGCUAACCGAGGCAGGGUUUAUUAACCAGCCAUAUUAAUAUGUAAGAUAAAAAGCAUUUAAUAGAAAGCAUUUAAUGUUACAUUAGGAAAUUAAUAGGACAAAGCUACAAACAGUCAGCGUGUUGAAAUGUACAUGUUAGAGGGAAUCAGCUGACAGUGGUACAUCAACGGUGAUUGAGCCAUAUGGUGCUAUGCAGAUAUUAAACACCAACACACACUAUGACAGCAAUAGAGAUUAGAGAUCCAUAUUACACGUUACUAUUCACAACGGGUCUCUUAGGAAUGCAACAUUUAAGGGCUGCGGGUAUUUUAGCUGUUAAAGGCUAGAUGUUUUUUUAAGUUGUGACCAUGAUGCAAAAGAAAACGUUGCAAUACCAGUUUUUGUCCAUAUGCUAGGUAUAGCAAUUUCUAAUGUUGAGGAAAGAGCUUUUUUUUUCUGGGACAGGAAGGUUAAAUGAAUAGCUGCUACUCACCUUGUUUGUUAGAUUUUGUGCUGUUGCGCUGUUUGUGCGUUUCUUGUAAUUAUUGACCUAAAUUCUCUGGUUAAGUUCAGAUCCCAAAAAAAUAGGACAUUUUGUUUGGAGUGAUUCUGCUCAGUGUGUAAUCCAGAGUAAAAGGCACUGUGUUUUAUUUUUUUAUUUAAGAUUUUCAUUAAGAAGAAGUGAACUAACCUAACUUCUGGAGAUUUCUCUACAGAGUGAAAAAUGACACACCAUCCUAUAAGUGCAGUUUCUAUUAAUGCUCUAAAAGAAUUCCUGUACAGCAGGGUGUCAGAUUCUGGACUUCAGUCAUAGCGAUUUGUGUUUUUACUUCUUUUAACACACCACAUUCAGACCAUGAGGGCCUUUAUAAUUUGCCUAUGAGUUGAACAGCUGUGUUCAACGAGAGUGCUUAACUCUGGAGUCUGACACUCCUGCUAUAAAGCCAAAGUAAAUGGCGUAGUCAAUAGGCAGGACAUGACUAUUCAGAGGACAUAUCUAGAGGACGGGAUAUAGAUAUGAUUGGUUUCUUCACCUGUGUGGCCUCAUGUUGCUACUAACCUUUUGAGCUCUGUGGCACUAUGAUUUGGAAAAACCAUAGAAGACUUGAUCAGGUGUCCAUCUGGAUAGCCAUGACUGGUAUACGGGAAGAUUAUAGCCACUAUUAUCUGUACCACCAAAUGGAAUUGUAAAAUGGCAUUAGCAUCCAAAAUGUACUGUCAGCUCUUUUCUUUUAUUACUUUGUCAACAUCAUGCAAGCGUACCAAACUACAAUCCCAUUUUGAAAUUGUACUGUAAAGAUACAUAUCCCAAAUGCAAUGGUUCGCCAAAAAAUGCAUGGUCUAUGACUGCAUGAGCUUAAGCCUUUCAAAACGGAUCGACUAUAUUCUAGUUGCACCAUAUUUAAAGCCCUUGCUCUGGUGUACACCCGAGCCUGUCUCAGUCUUUUACCUUCCAUUAUGGGGAAUUCUUUUCUGUUCACUUUUAAUCCAGUCAGACUCCACAGAUCAUGUGUUUUUUCACGUAGUACAGAUUAUUGUGUGAGGAUGCUGAGGAACGAGGCUACAGAUUUUAGCCGUGAGUUUGAUCUGAAAUUGCAGGAAGUAUGCUCAAAAACAUCUACAGAAGUCACUGACUUUUGACUUUACCAGUUAAACAAAUGAUGGUUCAAGUUCCAUGUUUGUCCCAUUUAAAGCAAUCUCAUGCUUGUUCCUUGUAACACUCAUGUAGUUGUUUUUUGGGGGGGAUUUUUAUUUUUAUUUUCUAAUUUUCUUAUAAAGAUUGCGCUACAAUGCUUUUAUUUGUCAGAUGCUGACAAAGGCAUGGUCUGUGAUCUAUGCAAGGGUAUUUUUGUUUCUUCCUGUCAUUUAUAAUUUAACCAUAUAGUUAAAUCAAUAAAUUUUUAAGGAUCAGUU